AUGAUCGAAUCCAUGGGGAAUCAGUAUAUUGUGGCCAGGCCAGUGUAUUCUAAAAACACUUUUGGGGAAGAAUAUAAGAAGAAAGACAGAUCUCAUAAGACAUUUCUGGAUCAUCUCAAAGAGUGUUUUAGCUGCUCCUCAAAAAAGGCCAAGAGAAUUGCCCUGUCUUUGUUCCCCGUAGCAUCUUGGUUACCAGCAUACCGGAUAAAGGAAUGGCUACUCAGUGACAUUGUUUCUGGGAUAAGUACAGGGCUGGUGGCUGUACUGCAAGGUCUAGCAUUUGCUCUGUUGGUCUCCAUCCCCCCAGGCUAUGGGUUGUAUGCAGCCUUUUUCCCAGUCAUAGUCUACUUUUUCUUGGGCACUUCUAAACACAUAUCUGUGGGUCCCUUUCCAGUUCUGAGUAUGAUGGUGGGAGCAGUAGUUGUGAGAAUAGCCCCAGAUACCAGUGAAUCUGCUACAGAAUUCUCUAAUAGCUCAAUGAGUAAUGGCACAACACUGGACGAACAGAGGGUGAUGGUGGCUGCAACGAUCACAGUCCUUUCUGGAAUCAUCCAGUUGAUCUUGGGGGUUCUACGGACCGGAUUUGUGGUGAUAUACCUGUCCGAUGCCCUAAUCAGUGGCUUCACCACAGCUGCCGCAAUUCAUGUUUUGGUCUCCCAGCUCAAAUUUAUUCUUCAGCUGACAGUCCCAGCACACACUGAUCCAUUUUCAAUUUUCAAAGUUCUACAUUCUGUAUUCUCACAAAUAGAGAAGACUAACAUUGCAGACCUGGUGACAGCCCUGAUUAUUUUGUUGGUAGUAUUUGUGGUUAAAGAAAUAAACCAGCGCUACAAAGCCAAACUUCCAGUGCCCAUUCCGAUUGAACUCAUCGUGACUGUGAUUGCAACAGGUGUAUCCUAUGGCUUUGACUUCAAAAACAGGUUUAAUGCGGCUGUCAUUGGGAAAAUGCAAAAAGGAUUUCAGUCCCCUAUUGCACCUGACGUGGAGGUUUUCCAAAACACCAUAGGCGAUAGCUUCGCCAUUGCAGUCGUUGGCUUUGCAGUGGCCUUUUCAGUUGCCAGCGUCUAUUCCCUCAAAUACGAUUAUCCAGUUGAUGGCAAUCAGGAGUUAAUAGCCUUCGGAUUGAGUAACAUAGUCUGUGGAUUCUUCAGAGGAUUUGCAUCGAGUACCGCCCUUUCCAGAUCAGGGGUCCAGGAGAGUACAGGAGGCAAAACGCAGAUUGCUGGGAUUCUCUCUGCCAUCAUCGUGUUGAUUGUCAUCGUUGCCAUUGGAUUUCUCUUGGAGCCACUACAAAAGUCUGUCCUGUCAGCUUUAGCACUUGGAAAUUUAAAGGGAAUGUUGAUGCAGUUUGCUGAAAUAGGAAGACUGUGGCGAAAGGAUAAAUAUGAUUGUCUCAUUUGGAUUGUGACUUUCGUCUGUGCCAUUGUCCUGGGACUUGGUUUAGGCCUGGCAGCUAGCGUUGCAUUUCAGCUCCUAACCAUCGUGUUCCGGACACAAUUUCCAAAAUGCAGCACACUGGCUAAUGUUGGAAGGAGCAACAUCUAUAAGAAUAAAAAAGAUUACUAUGAUAUGUAUGAGCCGGAAGGAGUGAAAAUCUUCAGAUGUCCAUCUCCUAUCUACUUUGCAAACAUUAAUUUCUUUAAGCAGAAACUUAUCAGUGCUAUUGGCUUUAGUCCACUUCGAAUUCUACAUAAGCGCAAUAAAGCUUUGAAGAAAAUCCGAAAGCUGCAGAAGAAAGGCCUGCUACAAGUGACACCAAAAGGAUUUAUAUUGACUGUUGAUGGCUUAAAAGAUUCUGAUGAAGAGCUGGACAAUAAUCAGAUAGAAGAACUGGAUCAGCCAAUCAAUACCUCAGACCUGCCCUUCCAGAUAGACUGGAAUGAUGAUCUUCCUGUCAAUAUUGUGGUCCCCAAAAUCAACCUUCACAGCCUCAUCCUCGAUUUUUCAGCAGUGUCAUUUCUUGACAUCUCUUCAAUGAGGGGUCUCAAAAAGAUUUUGCAAGAAUUUAUCAGGAUCCAGGUGGAUGUGUAUAUUGUGGGAACUGAUGAUGAUUUCGUUGAGAAGCUUACUCGGUGUCAAUUUUUCGAUGAUGAAGUCACCGACUCAAUAUUUUUCUUAACGAUCCAUGAUGCUGUUUUGCAUAUUUUGAUGAAGAAGGAUUAUGGUACUUCAAAGUUUAGUCACAGCCAGGAAAAAGAAAUGAAACACGACUUUACCAUAAAUACAAAUGGAGGAUUACGUAAUCGGGAAUGUCAGGUACCAGUUGAAACAAAAUUUUAAUCGAAAUAUAAUUCAGAGGGAUCAUCAUCUGACCGCCACAUAAAGAACAACUUUAUGCCCGGGAUGUUAUUGAUGCAUUCAUACAUUGUAUGAAGAGUAUUUUUAUUUCACAGAAUUAUGUUUCAAACUUUGGAAUGAGAUUGUUCUAGCAUGGUAUAUUUUUCACGUAUCUAGUACAAAAUUAUGUAAAUAGUCUUAAUUUUAUAUCUUGUAGAUUUACCGAAGGAAAUUUUGUUUAUAUGUAUUUUUUAUAGCACUGAGCAAUUUCCAUCCAAGUCACUACCUUCAUGCAUGUUUUGCAGUGUAUUUACACCACCGCUUUGGAUCUUGUAAUUUAUAAAGUUCUUACUAAUAUAUAUUCAUUUUAAAAAAGAUUAAGUUGUACAGCAGAUAUGUCUUGUUUUGUUAAAUUUCUUGUUAGCUUUCUGGAAAAUGCUUGCUUGUGGAUCCUCUGUAGUGGUCCAGCUGGGAACAAGCUUCAGGGGAAUCUUCUAACAAACCCUCUCUAAUGAGAUGUCUUUUCCCAGAUUUUAUAUGGUCAUCACUCCAGCUUCUUAAAGUAUCCUAUCUCCUAUCCAGAUUUAGACACAACCCUUCUAAUGCCAAAUCUGUAACUACAACUAGCUUUUGAUUCAAAUCCUUAUUCCCCCCGCCCCCUCUUCGUAUAAAAAUUGUGUAAGUUAAUGGAGCUGUAAAAUAAAAAAGCAAGAAGGUGAGUGGUAAAGAGCAUAAUGGGUAGUCAGUUCUUGGACUCACUGGGAAGAAAACAGGUGUUAGGAGAAAGUGGGAUUCUUUUUUUCUUCACUACUGGUUAUUACUUGUCACUCACAGGGCGGAGUAACGGCACUAGGGCUCAGUUUAGCGAGAGAACAAGAUUCAGCUGACAAACGCUUCUCUUUUUUCACUGGCAUAUUCUUGGUGCAAACAGCAUCAGCACCAAUAGAAAAAGAUUCAGUGCCCUCUCUUAAACAUCAAACCACUUUCUUAAUUGCAAAAACUGUUCCAACUGUUUUAGAUCCCACCUCUAAACAUUUAUUGCCAAAGUGCUCCUCCAUCCUUUAUAAGUGUCUAUUGAGAGAGAUUGUCUGUUGGACUUAAAACCAAAUACAGAAAGGUAAAAUAAAGGUUUAUUUACAUAGCUAAUCUUAAUGAAAAAACUAGAAUAUCCGCACUUUAUAGCAGUGUUUCUUAAACUUUUUGAGUCAUGGACAUCUUACAGUCUCGUGCACCCUAUGGACUUCAGGGGGAAAAAACCCACACAUACGCAUUUAUGUAUAAUGUCCUAUGAAUCUCAGGUUAAGUCUCUUUGAGAGCAGGGAGUGGAAAUUGAACACACGAGCCUAUUGAUCCAUUUGGCCUCAAGUGCAGUGCAGCAAAAGCCUUAUAUAGAGUUGGUGCUGAUGCCAGCAUUUUCCCAUACAAAGGUACCCCUCUACACUUCCUUACCAACCAAAAUAACAUGAAGCAGGAACAAAUACUGCAAUUCUUGUACCCACAUCACAAUAUAUUCAGCCUUAAUAUCUUAGAGGUUCAUUUAUUCUCAUCCUUAAAUGUUUUUUUCUCUUAUGCCUCUAGGGUGGAUUACUCUGGGUAAUAGGAAUACAUGGCCUCUACUUGCACCUUGAAAUAAAUACUGCAAAUUGACUAGUACAAAAAUCUGAUCCCUGAUUUAGGAAGAGGGCAAGAGACUGUGUUGGAAGAGAAAAAUAAAACUUAUAUAAACCAGAGCAAGACUAAAGGGGAGAAGAUAUCCAAAGAUGCAAUUGGGAGACAACUUGGGAAGAGAUUACUGAAAUUAUGAAAGAUUAAUACAUGAAAUUUAUCUUUAAAAAUCAUUUAAUAAUUCUUUAAACAUUUGAUACAUAUUCUUGUCUAAACACAGCAACUUACCACUUAUAAAUGCAAAUGAAAUGUUUUACACACAAGCCUGACCCUACACUUGAAUGAACAAGAAAAAAUGGGGAACAUUUAGUUCAUUUUUCUGGCAUCACCAUGUGGAUGUCAACAUAUCCAAAACUGAUUUGAUUUUUCUCCCCCUAAUCUGCUCUACCAGCACCUUUUCCACCUCAGUUGAUGACAAGUCCAUUCUUCCAAAAGCCCUAGAAUCAUCCUUGACUCUUCUCUCCACCUCAAAUCUAACCUGUCAGGAAAUUGUAUUGACUUACCUUUCAAAUAUGUCUAGAAAAAAUUCAUUUAUUUCUCAAAACAGCCUGUAUGAGGUAGGUACUACGAUUAUCCUCAUUUUUCAGAAAAGCAAGAUAAGUCAAAGCUGAAAGAGGACAAGUAACUAGUCAAGGUUAUAUAGUUUCAAGUGGUAGAACCAGAAUUCAGUAUAGACAGCCCAGAGUGCAGGCUCUUAAUUAUUAAGAAACAUUACCUCCCCAAAGAAACUAAAGCCUGCCUAAAAACAGAUUUAUUAGUUUCACCCAUUACAGUUCCUGGGCAUCACUAAACCCAAGAAUAAUAUAGUUGCAUUCUACAGAUUUGUUCCAGUGUCACUAAUUUACUUAUUUAGCACUGUACAAUGUACCCAGAAAAGCUAUUAGGAAAUAUAUUACUUAUGUUCAGACAUAAAUUUAACAUCUCUCUCUCUCAUGGUUAUGUGUGUGUAUCUGUGUGCUGGUAAUCUACUUUCAAAUGUAAUUUUUUUCCCCUGGCCACUAUGCUUUGAAAAAGAAUGUAAGAAAUUUCUUUGAAGAAUACUUAAGGAUGACCAUCAAGAACGAUUCCUAGAUAAGUUAGAAUCUAAGCUCCUAAAGAGCCGUAUCUGUCUUGUUCAUUAUUACAUCCACACAUCUAACAUUUAAUAGGUGCUUCAUUUUAUGUACAUAUAAAAGGAUAUCCUUCCACAAGUCACUCACUUGACACUUAAAAUGAUACCACCAGGAUGUCUUCUGUAGAUUAUUAACAGCCUCCUGACUGGUCUCUCUGCUACCUUUGCCCUUCUAGCCUUUUCUCAACACACAGCCAGAGUAAUCCUUAAGAGCCAGAUCAUUCCACUCCUUUGCUCAGAACCACAUGAUGGUUUCCCAUGUGAGAGUAAGGUCAAAGUCCUUACAAUUGUCUGUAAGGCCUUUUAUGGUCUCCCCACUCCGUCAUUACCUCUUUCCAGUCUCCUCUUCCUCAGGAGUCUUGCUGUUUCUCAAACAUGCCAAGUACAAUCCUACUUUAAGGCCUUUGUGUUGGCUGUCCCCUCUGCUUGGAAA